UAAUCCGUAAAAAUUCGUUGUGCAACACUGGCAUAUUGCAAAAAUAAUUUAGGUACUCGCGUCGACCAGAAAAACCCGCAAAGAAGGCGUAAAUGUGCGCGGAUUAAUCGCCAACCGAGUGGAACGCGAUCUUAGGAACCCCAGCACACAACCCCAACACGAUGGAGGCCCUCAUUCCGGUCAUAAACAAGCUGCAGGACGUCUUCAACACCGUGGGCUCCGACUCGAUACAGCUGCCCCAAAUUGUUGUGCUCGGCAGUCAGAGCUCCGGCAAGAGUUCAGUGAUCGAAAGCGUGGUGGGACGCUCCUUUCUGCCCCGAGGAACUGGCAUUGUGACCCGUCGCCCGCUAGUGCUCCAGCUGAUUUACAGUCCCCUCGACGAUCGCGAGAAUCGCUCGGCGGAAAAUGGCACCUCCAAUGCCGAGGAGUGGGGGCGCUUCCUGCACUCCAAGAAGUGCUUCACGGACUUUGACGACAUCCGGAAGGAGAUCGAGAACGAAACGGAGCGUGCGGCGGGCAGCAACAAGGGCAUCUGUCCGGAGCCCAUCAACCUGAAGAUAUUCUCCACGCACGUGGUCAACCUGACGCUGGUGGAUCUGCCCGGCAUCACCAAGGUGCCGGUGGGCGAUCAGCCCGAGGACAUCGAGGCGCAGAUCAAAGACUUGGUGCUCAAGUACAUUGAGAACCCGAACUCCAUUAUUUUGGCUGUGACGGCCGCCAACACGGACAUGGCCACCAGUGAGGCGCUGAAGCUGGCCAAAGACGUGGAUCCCGACGGCCGGCGCACCCUGGCCGUGGUCACAAAACUGGAUCUCAUGGACGCCGGCACCGAUGCCAUCGAUAUCCUGUGCGGCCGUGUCAUUCCCGUCAAGCUGGGCAUCAUCGGUGUGAUGAAUCGCUCGCAGAAGGACAUCAUGGACCAGAAGCACAUUGACGAGCAGAUGAAAGACGAGGCGGCCUUCUUGCAGCGCAAGUAUCCCACUCUGGCCACCCGGAAUGGCACUCCCUACUUGGCCAAGACCCUCAACCGUCUACUGAUGCACCACAUCCGCGACUGCCUGCCUGAUCUUAAGACUCGCGUCAACAUAAUGGCCACACAAUUCCAAUCGCUGCUGAACUCUUACGGCGAGGAUGUCUCCGACAAGAGCCAGACCCUGCUGCAGAUCAUCACGAAGUUCGCCAGCGCCUACUGCUCCACCAUCGAGGGCACGGCCCGGAACAUCGAGACCACGGAGCUGUGCGGUGGAGCCCGGAUCUGCUACAUUUUCCACGAGACAUUCGGCCGCACCCUAGACUCCAUUCACCCGCUGGCGGGUCUGAGCAAAAUGGACAUACUCACGGCCAUACGGAAUGCAACAGGCCCGCGUCCGGCUCUUUUCGUGCCGGAGGUCUCGUUCGAGUUGCUGGUGAAGCGCCAGAUUCGCCGACUGGAGGAACCCUCUCUGCGUUGCGUGGAACUCAUUCACGAGGAGAUGCAGCGCAUUGUUCAGCACUGCGGCAACGAAGUGCAGCAGGAGAUGUUGCGCUUCCCCAAACUGCACGAGAAGAUUGUGGAUGUGGUCACACAGCUGCUACGUCGCCGACUGCCGCACACCAACGUGAUGGUGGAGAACAUUGUUGCCAUCGAGCUGGCCUACAUCAACACCAAGCAUCCCGAUUUCCACAAGGAUGCCGCCCUGGUGCCCAGUCUGCUGAAAUCGGACAGCGAUCCCUACUCACAGAUCAAUCUGGGUCAGCGGCGGGCCAACACACCACGCAACCACAUGUCGCCCCAGGUCUCGGCGCACAGUGCAGCCCCACAGCAGCAACAGCAGCAGCCGAAUAGCCAGCCGCAGCAGCAGUAUAGUGAAGCCCAUGAGCAGAACCACGUCGGCGAGAACUCGACCUCCUCGAUGGCCAGUACUUGGCUGUCAAACAUUUUACCGCCGGCACCAACGCGUCCGGACAGCAUUGAGAACUCGGCCAGCAAUACGCCUGUUCACAAUAACAUGGUGAGCCCGGUGAAGCCAGUCAAUCUGCUGCCCGAUGUGCCGGCCAACCACAAUCCACGUCGCCUGACUGACAAGGAGCAGAAGGAUUGCGAUGUCAUCGAACGCCUGAUCAAAUCGUAUUUCUACAUUGUGCGAAAAUCCAUACAAGACUCGGUACCAAAGGCCAUUAUGCAUUUCUUGGUUAACUACGUUAAGGACAACUUGCAGAGCGAACUGGUCACUCAUCUCUAUAAGUCCGAUAGAGCUGAAACACUGCUGAACGAGUCGGACCACAUUGCAGUGCGCCGAAAAGAGGCGGCGGAUAUGUUGAAGGCACUGACGCGGGCGAACCACAUCAUCAGCGAAAUCCGCGAGACCCACAUGUGGUAGGCAGGCUGGUCAGGGAUUGGAGCAACCCGUUUCGACUUAAUAAUCCCCACAUAUAAGCAACAUAAAAACCUAUUUAUUGAACACGCGUUUGAGCAGAACGAACUCCUUCUUUGUUGAAUGUUUCCCCUUCCCGAGCACUGAAAUAUCAUCAAAUUGCAUGCGAGCCUAUACUUUCGGGCCUUUCAUUUUAGCGUACUCCUGCAUUUCAAAUCGCCUGGCAUUUGUCUAUCAUCGAGCCGCGCCGCUUUUUAAUUUAUAAGAAGUUGUAGACGCCGUGAUGGAUUCGAUUAGGUUACCCAAAGCACUUAUUACACAUUGAAUAGUCAAAUAAAGCAGAAAAGGUUGAUUCAAACAAAGUGGA